CAGCAUGUGCAGUUUAACCGACGCCCAAAUCGAAGAGGUCCGGGAAGCUUUUAAUCUGUAUGACACAGAAAAGACAGGAUGGGUAUCCGUUAAGCAGCUAGGAGGAGUAAUGCGCGCCCUUGGUGAAAUGCUCACCGAAGCGGAGAUCUAUCAGUUGGCCAACGAAUGCAGCUCGGACUUCGGUGGCCAGGUACAAUUCAAGGACUUCCUAUACGUGAUGUCAAAACGACUGGAAGAAGAGAAUAGUCUUGUGUCCUUGAAGACGGCCUUUAAGAUCUUUGAUCGCAACGAAGUAAACCAUUUUACGACAGCGGAAAUCAGAACAAUAAUGACCAAUCUGGGAGAGAAAAUGUCAGACGAGGAUCUGAACGAGAUGUUCCAAGAUAUCGACUUGGAUAAAGAUGGAAAAAUCUCGUUUAGCGAAUUCGUCACUGCAAUGCGAAGUUGAAAUAAGAAUUCCAAAUUGAAAGCGC